UGAAGGAAGAAGAAGAAGAAAAGGAAGAAGGCUUCAUCCUGCUGCGGAGAGUCUGCAACGCAUCAUAGCUACGUGCUCUCCAAGGGUCAGCACAAUGGAGUCCCUUUUCCACACUAACUUACAGAAGGAGCUCUUCUGUGCGCUUUGCAGCGCUCUGCUCCUCCUCACCACGGUCACAUCUGCAGAAGAAGUGAAAAACUCCCAGUGUCACAACUACGCGGGAGGACACGUCUAUCCUGGAGAGGCUUCCCGUGUGCCCGUAUCAGACCAUUCCCUGCACCUCAGCAAAGCCAAGAUCUCAAAGCCUGCACCACACUGGGAAGGAACGGCUGUCAUCAACAGUGAAUUCAAGGAGCUGAAGUUGUCAGACUACAGAGGCAAAUAUCUUGUUUUCUUCUUCUAUCCCCUGGACUUCACAUUUGUCUGCCCUACUGAGAUCAUUGCGUUCAGCGAUCGUGUGCAUGAGUUCCGUGCCAUCAAUACGGAGGUCGUCGCCUGCUCAGUGGACUCUCAGUUCACCCACUUGGCCUGGAUCAACACCCCCAGGAAGCAGGGUGGACUUGGACAAAUGAAAAUCCCUCUGUUGUCUGACGUCACUCACCAGAUUUCAAAAGACUAUGGAGUCUACCUGGAGGACCAGGGACACACAUUAAGAGGUCUCUUCAUCAUUGAUGACAAAGGCGUCCUGAGGCAGAUCACCAUGAAUGAUCUCCCUGUGGGACGAUCUGUGGAUGAGACGCUUCGGCUGGUCCAGGCCUUCCAGUACACAGAUAAGCACGGAGAAGUGUGUCCAGCAGGAUGGAAACCAGGCAGUGACACAAUCAUUCCCGACCCUUCAGGAAAGCUGAAGUAUUUUGAUAAACUGAACUGAUGAUCUGUGUUUCUGUUUUCCCACUCUGUGAAAUCCAGCGCUUACAGAAAGUUCAAAUAAAAUGUGUUUUCAUAAA